UUACUUCUAAGUCUCGACUGGUUUUUUUAAACCCAGCUUAAUGCGGGCCAUGAAUGAAGAAAUUCGUCGGGUAUGCCCAAACUUUUCUUCCCUCUACUUGCUGCCGCAUGACCACUCUGCAAGCCCCUAAUUCUAGAAAUGGAUCUAAAGCGCCGCAUUCACUGGUGUCCAUAGCUGUGCAUGCAAAGUAUAUGGCUUUAUAAAGUAUCCUGAAUUUAUUUUUGUCGCGAGAUUCAACUCCGGCUAUUGAGAACAAUCGUAACGAGAUUUGCUUCAGAUGAAAGCUAAGAAUAUCAGGUCGCUAUAAAAAGCAGCGAAUCAGAGGCGAAUUCGAUGGUCACAUCACCUUUUUGCUGGGGAGCAGUUUAGACUGGGGUCUACACCUUUCAUAUAAACAACUCCACAUCUGUUUUCCCCCUUUUCUUCCAAUCUUUUGGCCUUCUUUAUUUGCCAGUCGGAAGCUCCGCUAUCUUCUCCCGCCAUUUGCCUAGAAUUGCUUCAACCCGCAACCCGGUCCAUGUCCCAAAUACAAAAUCUCGCGUCAAUGGAUUGGCUUCAAAAAGUCAAGUCAGACACGCUGCCGACCUCAAGCCCUAAAUCUCCGGCACCUCUUCAUCUUAACAGACUCACGGAUGCUCCGAUCGUGCACCCUUCACCGAUUACGCCGGGCACCAUUACACCAGGUAGCAUGUCCAUGAUACCCGUCAACACACAAAAGCAGUUGGUACCGGCCACUCCUGUAACCCCCACGACACCAGGCUCCGUCUCAUCGCCCAAUAGGUCAAAGAAAGUCAAUCCAAUUGAAUCUGGCCUGCACCUAGAAACCCACAUGACGGGAAAACCGCCGUACUCUUAUGCGACGCUCAUCACGUAUGCCAUUCAAACGAGUCCACGCAAGCGGUUGACCUUGAAUGACAUUUACAACUGGAUUUUGGAGAACUAUCCGUAUUUCAGGACUGCUGGCAGUGGAUGGAAGAACUCCAUACGUCAUAACCUUUCCCUCAACAAAGCUUUCAUUCGAGUGCCACGCCCUGCCAAUGAGCCCGGAAAAGGUUCAUAUUGGAUGAUUGAUAUGAGCGCUCUCAAUGAACCUGGCAGAACGCGCAACCGCCGUCGCUCCAGCAAUAGCAAUGCUGGCCUCAGACCACAGCCGUACGUGUUCGAUGGUCCUCGCAGUGCACCGGCGCUAUCAUCCAGCAACGUAUUCCAAUACCCAGUCAAUAUGAACGGUAGCCACGACAACAACAUGUUAAUGCCCAACCGACGACGCCCGUCUGCUGGCAACGGUCCACAGCUCGGUCGCUUAGGCAUCCAUAUACCCAACCAUCGCGCGACGGGAGGCUACAACAACAAUGACCAGAACGGUCUUCUCACGGCUCCUCCUACCAUGGGCGGGUACCCGCUCUUGUCAGGCUCAUCUCCUAUGACCUCCGCGCAACCCAUGUCCGCUUACCCGCGCACCCCUUUUCCUGAUUCCAGCGGUGCAUCCUAUGCAGGGUUCCCAUCUUCUGCCCCGCCCAACAUGUUGGCUCGUUCCAUGUCCACAACCACAGCUAGUGGGCAAAAUAGAGGAAUGAUCCCGCCCAGCCCUUUGACUCGAUCUCUAAGUGAUGGCAUACGCAUAAUGCACCAUGGUGCGUCGUCCCCUAUGCAGCAGUCAGGGGAUUAUGGUUUCUCAGGUGUUCAACCUACGUAUCCAUCCGGAACAACGCAGUCAUUCAACAACCCAGCGAGUUCCCCAGCUCGCCGAGCUUUUCAAAAACACAACAACACAACGCCACCCAAAAACUCUGCAAACCAUAUGACGAUUUCUCCCGAUCACACUCCCUAUUCUCCUCAUACCCCCCACAGACCUUCCAACACAAUGUCCCCAUCACGGAAUUAUGGUUUCGAGCACGGACGUCCAUUUGCCCAAUCUGAUCUCUCUUCUACACAUCCUGGAGUGUAUCAAGACACCCUUGACAAACUCCUCAACUCUUUGGAUCAUGCUCAACAAGACACCGGGGAGCUAUUAGGCUUGUCGCCUUUGGGUGGUCGUUCAGAUGCUGACGGUUAUGAAUGGGGAGAAACUCUUUAGCGCUGGUUGGUGGUUGCAUUAUUACGUGUUAUGUAGAUAGCAGCGGGGUUCAUCGCUUGACUCGUUGAGGAAAAUUAUGAGACUUUUGCUUCUUUUUUUUUGUUUUGCGCGAGCCUCUUUUGUUUUGUUCAAUAGUACCUGGCAUUGUGCAUUCAUUCCUCGCAUUCCAGCCUGGUCUGGCACAUACCAUAAUUCGCACACCCG